AUGGUCCAAUUCAAUGCUAUCGCCCUGCAGGGGGCGAUGCGCAGUCUCCGGGCUCGACCUGCACCCCGCCUCCUGCAACGCCGUCAGUUCACACUGUCUAGACAACAAGCCAAAGAAAAUCAAUCGUUCAAGAGUCAAUUAUACGAAAGUACCCAACAGCGUUUAAAGCGCGAGCGCGCUGAACAGGAAAAAUUUGCCCAGUAUCAGACUCAGUCGCCUGCUGGUCGUUCUGCAGCCCUGGCCUUCGCUUUGAUUUUCUUCUCGACUGGUGCUUAUUACCUCGGAUCCCUGAAACCGGCCGCUCUCCCCUCCUCAUCCACGACUCCCCUCUCUGAGAUCGAAGCCCCCAAACACAACGUCUCUCCCUCCAACCUCCAGGCGGCGUGGGCCGAUUUCGUCGAGAUUCUAGGCAAGGAGCAUGUCUCGACGGCAAGUGGUGAUUUGGAGUUGCAUUCCGGAUCAGACUGGUCUUCUUACUCGCAAAAAGAGAACGAGAAGCCCUUCCUGAUCCUCUACCCCUCAAGCACCGAGGAGGUCUCGCAGAUCAUGAAGGUCUGCCACCAGCGCAUCAUCCCCGUAACCCCAUACUCCGGUGGCACUAGCUUAGAGGGCCACUAUGCGUCCACGAGAGGUGGAGUGUGCAUUGAUUUCCGUCGCAUGGACCGCAUCCUGAAGCUCCACAAGCGUGACUUGGAUGUCGUCGUUCAGCCCGCGGUUGGAUGGGAGGAGUUAAACGAGGAGAUCGCCAAGGAUGGCCUUUUCUUCCCACCUGAUCCUGGCCCCGGUGCCAUGAUCGGUGGUAUGGUCGGAACAGGAUGCUCGGGCACCAAUGCCUACCGGUAUGGGACAAUGCGCGAGUGGGUGCUUUCGCUCACUGUUGUCCUUGCUGAUGGCACUAUCAUCAAGACUCGACAACGGCCCCGCAAAUCCAGCGCUGGCUAUGACCUGACUAAACUCUUUAUUGGCAGCGAAGGCACUCUUGGUUUAGUGACGGAAGCGACCUUGAAGCUGACGGUCAAGCCCCAGAGUCAGAAUGUUGCCGUUGCAAGCUUCGAUACUAUUCAUAACGCGGCUGAAUGUGUGACCAAGGUCGUAGAGGCUGGUAUUCCUGUGGCUGGUGUUGAGAUUCUGGAUGAUAUCCAGAUGAAGUGUAUCAAUGCCAGCCAGAGUACUAGCCGUCAAUGGAAGGAGUCUCCCACCCUUUUCUUCAAAUUCACUGGCACACUGAAUGCGGUUAAGGAGCAAAUUAGCAUGGUGCAAAAGAUUGUAUCUGGCGCUGCAGGCAAGUCCUUUGAGUUUGCUCGUGGUGAGGCAGAGAUGGCCGAACUCUGGAGUGCUCGCAAGGAGGCACUGUGGAGCGUUAUGGCAAUGAAGAGAACCCCGGAUGAUCACGUUUGGACGACCGAUGUCGCUGUCCCGAUGAGCAAGUUGCCCGAUAUCAUGGAGAUGACCAAGGACGAUAUGACCAAGAAUGGCCUACUGGCUGGAAUUUGUGGUCACGUUGGAGAUGGCAACUUCCACGCGAUCAUACUCUUCAACGACAGCGAAAGGAAUAUCGCCGAGGGAGUUGUGCACCGCAUGGUGAAACGCGCCGUGGAAAUGGAGGGCACUGUCACCGGUGAGCACGGUGUCGGUCUCAUCAAGCGAGACUACCUCGAGCACGAGCUCGGUGAAACUACAGUGGACGCAAUGCGCCGGCUGAAAUUGGCACUUGAUCCUCUCCGUUUGCUCAAUUGCGACAAGGUGAUUCGCACAGAGCAGCCGGCAGCCGGCGAAAUCAAGGAAUGGUAG